AGAAGCUCUGCCUCUGCCGGGUCGUUGCUCCAUUGUGGCGGAGCCCGCGCGAUGGCCGGUGAGGAGUUUUGGCGGCCCCCCCGAGCAUGUGCGGAUUACUGGUCCGAAUGGAAGCUGUGCCGGAGCAUCCGGAACCUAUACCAUACGUACUACACUUACGGGGAGACGCCAUCCUGCGCCCAGUGGAAGAAGGAUUACAAGAAUUGCAAAGAAUGGGAGAGAACGAAAAGCGCCACGGCCAAGGAUCUGUUGUGUGACAGUGAGCGAGCACGGGUUGCCAAGAAGCAGAAAUAUGCGCCAGUGUGGAAAAUGAGAAAAAAUCCUCCAGCUGAUUGGAAUUCACCCAUUGGGGAAGAGAACUUCAAAUGAGGAGGCCCUCCAAUAGCCUAGGUGGGACUUCUGUCUGAUGCUACUCAGGGACUCUUGAGGGAUUAUGGGGAUUUUCCCAUCAUAAAUCUGUGCUACCACCAGGCUGAUA